AUGGCUUCCAUUGUUGCUUACUCCCUACUGCCAUUAGCAGCCAUGUUCUUCUUCUUCUUCUUCUUCCAUCCCAUACAGAGCAACGAGCAGACCCAGCAAACUAUUGAGAGCAUCUGCCACCAAGUGGGGGACUAUGAUCUUUGCAAACAAGCUCUCAACUCCAACCUGAAAAACCCAGAUGCAAACAUUUCCGAUCUGAAUGAACUAACCAUUAACCUGACCAUUAGAAACGCAACAGAUACACGUGCUUUCACUCAGUCAGUUCUUAAGAACUCAACAUCUUAUCCAGAAGCUGUCAAAGUUCUUAGUGAGUGUGAAAAUGAUUAUGGUCUUGUGGUUGAGACUUUCCAGGUGGCUUUCGAGUUCUAUAACCAACGAGAUUACUCUCGCAUGCUGUAUCUUGAAUCCUUGGCUCCUAAUGCAAUAUCCAGCUGUGAAGCUGGGCUCAACUCCGCAGCUCCUGGCCCUGUGAAUCCCUAUUUCUAUUUGAUUGAAAGGAACAAGCCACUGAAAACUCUCGUCGACAUGGCCAUGGUCAUCGCACAUACUUUCGCCGACGUUUGA